AUGUGCCUACUGCAAGGAAAGAGGGCAUUGGGCCCGAGACUGUUCCAAGAAGCCAAAGGGCCACCAAAAGGGACCUCAAAGACCCAAGCCUCAGACCAAUUUGCUCAAUCUGGAAGACUAGGGCCUAUCAUCUUCCUGGUGGACACCGGAGCCCAACAUUCGUUACUCACCACCUCACCGGGACCCCUAACUGACAAAUCAGCAUGGGUUCAAGGAGCAACCGGAGGAAAGAGGUACCGUUGGACUACCGAGAGGAAGGUACAACUCGCCACCGGUAAGGUAACUCACUCCUUUUUGCACGUCCCUGAUUGUCCCUACCCCCUGCUGGGGAGAGACCUACUUAUGAAACUUAGGGCACAAAUCCACUUUGAGGGGACUAAAGCCCAUAUUACCGGGCCGCAGGGACAGCCCUUGCAUGUGCUAACCAUGCACUUACAAGAUGAGUACCGGCUCGAGCCUGAGAAACCUGAGUCGUAGGAUGUGACUAGUUGGCUAGAGAAAUUUCCCCUGGCUUGGGCGGAGACUGGAGGAAUGGGUCUCGCCAUUCACCAACCGCCCUUGGUGAUUGCUCUAAAGGCAUCUGCAACUCCUGUCUCUAUCAAACAAUAUCCAAUGUCACAUGAGGCCUACCAGGGAAUCAGACCCCACAUUCAGAGACUUUUAGAUCAGGGCAUAUUGGUACCGUGCCAAUCUCCUUGGAAUAUGCCUCUCCUUCCAGUCAAAAAGCCAGGAACAGGAGAUUACCGCCCAGUACAGGACUUAAGGGAAGUCAACAAAAGAGUGGAGGACAUACACCCCACAGUCCCCAACCCAUACAAUCUGUUGACUGGGCUUCCCCCAAGAUAUGUUUGGUAUACAGUCCUGGACCUCAAGGAUGCUUUCUUCUGUUUGAGGCUCCACCCAAAGAGCCAAUCUCUUUUUGCCUUUGAGUGGAAGGAUCCAGAGCUGGGAAUAUCGGGCCAGCUUACUUGGACAAGAUUACCACAGGGGUUCAAAAACAGCCCCACCCUUUUCGAUGAAGCUCUACACCGGGACUUGGCUGACUUCAGGGUCCAUCACCCUACCCUAAUUUUACUCCAGUAUGUGGAUGACCUCCUCCUGGCUGCAGAAACUGAGAAAGAAUGUAAGGAGGGAACAGAGGCCCUUUUGAGAACUUUAGAAAUUCUAGGAUACAGGGCCUCAGCCAAAAAGGCCCAGAUUUGCCAAAGACAAGUUACUUAUUUGGGACACCAGAUCAAAAAUGGGCAAAGGUGGCUGACCGAGGCACGGAAACAGACAAUUUUGGGAAUUCCAGAACCCAAAAAUCCGAGGCAGUUAAGAGAGUUCCUAGGUACGGCGGGGUUUUGCCGCCUCUGGAUCCCGGGGUUUGCAGAGAUGGACUCCUUCACUUGGGGGGAUGAACAACAGAGGGCCUACGCAUCAAUAAAAGAGGCCCUGCUAACUUCCCCUGCAUUAGGAUUGCCGGAUUUAAACAAGCCCUUUGAGUUGUUCAUGGACGAGAGACAAGGGUAUGCUAGAGGAGUCCUAACUCAAAAACUUGGACCUUGGAGGCGUCCGGUUGCCUACCUGUCUAAGAAACUCGACCCAGUGGCCUCAGGUUGGCCCCCUUGCCUACGGAUGGUGGCUGCGAUCGCCCUCUUGCUCAAGGACUCUGGCAAACUGACUAUGGGGCAGCCGGUAACUAUCCUGGCUCCACAUGCGGUUGAGGCCCUGGUAAAACAACCUCCGGGCCGAUGGCUCUCUAAUGCCCGCAUGACUCAUUACCAGGCUCUGUUACUAGACACUGAGAGAGUGAAAUUUGGUCCUGUGGUAGCCCUCAACCCAGCAAUGCUGCUUCCCCUACCAGAAGGUCCAGAAGUUCAUGAUUGUCUCCAGAUACUUACAGAGGUACAUGGCACCCGACCUGACCUAACUGACCAACCCCUUUCGGAGGCCGACUUCACCUGGUUCACCGAUGGGAGCAGUUUCCUGGACAAUGGAGAGCGGAGAGCAGGGGCUGCGGUCACCACCGAAACUGAGGUAAUUUGGGCCAAGGCCCUACCACCUGGAACCUCAGCGCAACGGGCCGAACUCAUCGCCCUGACCCAAGCCCUCCGAAUGGCGGAAGGUAAGAAGCUAAAUGUCUAUACAGACAGCCGUUAUGCCUUUGCUACUGCUCAUAUCCAUGGAGAAAUAUAUCGAAGAAGGGGACUGCUUACCUCCGAAGGGAAAGAGAUUAAAAAUAAGACGGAGAUAUUGGCCUUGUUAGAGGCUUUGUUCUUACCCUCGAGGCUGAGCAUUAUUCAUUGCCCAGGUCACCAAAAGGGGGACAGCUUGGAAGCCAGGGGCAACCGCUUGGCGGACAUGACAGCCAGGGAAGUAGCGAUGCAAGGAAAUUCAGAGGCUCCCCGCUUCAUGACCAUAGAUCUGGCCAUGGCAGAGGCCCACUUCCGACCUGUGUGGCCCCUACAACAGACCUGGGACCUGAUCAAGUAUCUCCAUCAACUGACCCAUCUUAGCUCCAAAAAGAUGAAAACCCUCCUGGACAGAGAGGAAAACGCCCACUAUCUGCUAGGUAAAGAUAAAAUCCUACAAGAAGUAGCUGAAGAAUGCACAGCAUGUGUCCGAGUCAAUGCAAGCCGUAACAAGAUCGGUGCGGGGGUCAGGGUCCGAGGACACCGCCCUGGCACUCAUUGGGAGAUAGAGUUCACCGAGGUGAAACCUGGACUCUAUGGGUACCGGUACUUACUGGUAUUUAUAGACACUUUUUCUGGGUGGGCAGAAGCCUACCCUACUAAACAUGAGACUGCCAGAGUUGUCACCAAGAAACUUUUAGAAGAAAUCUUCCCUAGGUAUGGAAUGCCGCAAGUACUGGGCUCUGACAACGGGCCUGCCUUCGUCUCCCAGGUAAGUCAGUCAGUGGCCACAUUGUUGGGGAUUGAUUGGAAAUUACAUUGUGCAUACUGCCCCCAGAGCUCAGGGCAGGUAGAACGUAUGAAUAGAACUAUUAAGGAGAUUUUAACCAAAUUAACGCUUGCAACUGGCGCUAAGGACUGGGUAUCCCUCCUUCCCCUAGCGUUGUAUAGGGCUCGAAACACUCCGGGCCCCCAUGGGCUCACUCCUUUUGAGAUUUUGUAUGGCGCCCCGUCACCAGCUGCCCAUUUCUUUGACUCUGGAAUAGCCUCCUUUGCUGAUACCCCCUCUCUUCAAGCUCAUUUGCAGGCUCUACAGCUUGUGCAAUGGGAGGUUUGGAAGCCUCUGGCGGCCGCGUAUCGAGAGCAGCUAAGUCAACCUGCGGUCCCGCACAAAUUCCAGAUUGGAGACGUGGUUUGGGUACGGCGACACCAGACAAGGAACCUGGAACCACACUGGAAAGGACCUUACACUGUUCUGCUGACGACACCCACAGCUCUGAAAGUAGACAGCAUCGCCGCCUGGGUCCACACCUCCCACGUCAAGGCCGUCACCCCUGAGCAGCCGCCUGACGCCUCGGACUCGGGAACCCGAUGGAAACUCCACCGGGCCAGCCCCGACUGGGGAACCCCCGAGGUCGUGUACACUCCGGGGUCAAGCGCCCCCCAGCUAGAGGGCCGUCGCCCCAUAGUUCCGGGCUGUCGCAACGGGAUUGAGAGAGCAGACCUACAUGGUCAGGCAGGGAUCUAUGUCUGUCCGGGAAGUCAUAGGAACAAAAACCUCAACUAUAAAUGUGGGUGGGCAAAUGACUACUUUUGUGCCUCUUGGUCCUGUGAAACUACGGGAGACACCUACUGGGCUCCCUCCUCCAAUUGGGAUUAUGUAACUGUUAAGAGAAAAGAUCGCCAGCCACGGGCGACCCCCAAUUGCACUACAAAGGGGUGGUGUAAUCCCCUGCUCAUUCAGUUCACUGAGCAGGGAAAGAAAGCGCCCUGGACAACUAGCACCAGGGGUUUUGAAUGGGGCAUCAGGCUUUAUAUGCACGGAUGGGAUUUGGGCCUUACCUUUAAACUCAAACUUAAAAAGACCUCACCCACAACUGCCUCUGUGGGACCCAACCCAGUCUUACAGGAGCCCUCGCUACCACGACCUCCACCCCGGCCAACAUCACCCCCAAGUACUUCCGUUUCUUCCCCCAGCUCUGCUCGGUUAAUUACAGGCCCCACGAUGCAACCUCAGCGACCUGGGUCAGGAGGUAGGCUCCUCGAUUUAAUAGCAGGAGCCUACCAGGUGCUAAACCGCUCCGAUCCCCACCUGACUCAAGAAUGUUGGUUAUGCCUGGUUUCUACCCCACCCUAUUAUGAGGGAUUAGCUAUAAUGGGCAAUUUCUCUAAUCAUACCACACCGCCAGCAACUUGCUAUCCCUCUGUGCAGCAUAAGCUAACCCUGUCAGAGGUAUCCGGGCAAGGACUUUGUGUAGGGGCCAUACCCGCUGCCAGUCAGCCACUUUGUAAUUCCACUGCCCCUCUUACCUCAGGAAGUUAUUACCUGGCUGCCCCCAAUAAUACCUUGUGGGCCUGCAACACUGGCCUGACCCCUUGUAUAUCAGCCCAAGGCUGGAAUGAUAGUUCUGAAUUUUGUAUUUUAAUCGAACUAUGGCCUAAAAUAGUUUACCAUGAACCAGAAGAAGUUUAUAGGCACUUUGAAAAAGGGACUCGAUACCCUAGAGAACCUUUGUCUCUAACCCUGGCAAUAAUGCUGGGGGGACUAACGGUUGGGGGCAUAGCCGCAGGGAUUGGGACUGGGGCCACCGCCCUAUCAGCGACCCAUCAGUUCCUACAACUUCAACAAGCUAUGCAUGCCGAUCUACAGGCGUUAGAAGAAUCAGUAAGUGCCUUGGAGAAAUCCUUGACCUCACUGUCUGAGGUAGUUCUACAGAACCGUAGAGGGCUAGAUAUCCUCUUUUUGCAAGAGGGAGGACUAUGUGCGGCUCUAAAAGAGGAGUGCUGUUUCUAUGCCGAUCACACCGGACUAGUCAGAGACAAUAUGGCCAAACUUAGAGAGAGACUUAAUCAGAGAGAAAAGAUCUUCAAUGAAAGACAAAGUUGGUAUGAAAGCUGGUUCAAUAAGGCCCCCUGAUUCACCACUCUUGUUUCCUCUCUCAUGGGCCCCUUAAUUAUAAUUCUUUUAAUUCUACUUUUCGGGCCUUGCAUUCUAAAUAGGUUAGUUCAGUUUAUGAAGGACCAGCUCUCCGUCAUACAGACGUUAGUGCUAACCCAGCAGUAUCAUCAACUCAAGCAGCUGGAGACGGAGAUUGACUCUCCCUAG